AUGGCUGAGAAUAGAGAAGAAAUUCUUGCAAAUUUUCAAGGAAUAACAAAUAUUGAAGAUGUUGCCGAAGCAAUAUUCCACUUAGAAGAAGCGAAUUGGGAUUUACUUUCUGCCAUAAACCGAGUGAUGCCUCAAGAUGGAAGCAGCUCAGCCUCCCAUUCCAAUGACACGCAUGAUGUGGAAAUGAUAGAUGACGAUAUAUCUGUGAUAACUCCUAAAACACACCCACCCGAUCGGGAAGACAGUCAAGCCUCAACAUCAUCACCUAGAAAUAAUUCAAUCAACCUAGUAGAGUUACAAGUUCAUUGUAAUAAUAAGAUACAUGACAUCAAAAUAUCUGGUUCAGCAACAGUCAAUGAUCUCAAGAAGCGUUUGGAACUGGUAUGCGGAAUUCCAGUUUGCAGACAGCAAAUAUCUGGUCUUGGUGGUUCAAGAGCGACUUCUACUGCGGCUUUGUCAACACUCGGUCUAACAAGGAAUGCUGUUCUACGACUGAAGGCUGCCGAUACAGUUAUGGCUGAUGAUGAGGUAGCGGAGAGGUUGACAACGACCUACGAACUCCUAGUUAAGUAUGAUGAGAGGGAAUACACAUUGAAAUAUCCUGGAACAAAAACUGUACAGGAAGUCAAAAACGAUCUCUACUCACUCACAGAUAUACCUGUUAGAUAUCAAGUAUGGACCGGCUGGCCGACUGUAUCAGGUUUGGAUGACACUGUGUUAGCUAUGGUGGGUCUUGAUCUGCCACAGCAUAAACUCACGGUGAAAAGAGCACCGAGAUUCAAGGAGUACAAAAGGAUUAUAGUUCAAAGUUCAGAUAGUGAGAACAGUUCGGUGGAAGAAGUAGAAGACGGUGAUAACUUCCCGACAGAGGAUGAUAUGUUUGUUGAUGUGACCUCGGAAAGACUGCAGCCAUUGAUGUCAGAUAAUAUUGAAGAUGAAGCCCUCGGCUGUAUAGAAUUCUCACAACGUUUCCGAGCCCGCUACGGUCCCAACACACCUAACUUCUUCGAGGGUACCCUACAUGAUGCUAUCAAAGAAUCCUGCCUCAAACCAGCCAAUGAGCGUAAGCUGCUAGGGGUGUACCUUCACCACGAGCAGUCUGUGCUGUCGAAUGUGUUCUGUGCACAGCUUCUGGGCUGUGAAACUGUGCUGCAAACACUCGCAGCGAACUUUGUGCUAUACGGCUGGGAUCUCACACAUCCACAUAAUAAUAAUAUGUUAUUGUCAUCUAUAGCCAGUUCUCUGGGACCCGUGGCCAGUAUGACUGUCCGCAGCAUCCCAGUGGAGCGUCUCCCAGCCUUGCUCAUCAUCAUGAGAGUGAGAUCCAACACCGAAAUAUACUCCGUCAUUAAUGGUAACGUGGGUGUGUCUGAACUGGUUGGUGGUUUAGUGGAAGCGCUCGAGAGGUUCGCUGUACAGAGGGCGGAGGACGCGAGGGUCGAGAGGGAGAGGGACGCUAGGCAGAAGGUCAAGAGAGAGCAGGAUGAAGCAUACCAGCGGAGUCUAGAAGCGGACAGAGCGAAAGAAGAAAUUAAAAAACAGCAAGAACUAGAAAGAAAUCAAGAAUUAGAGAGAGCGGAGUUAGAAAGACUUAUGGAGGAAGCCAAAAAAGAGAAACAGCGUGCCGGUGCCGCAGCCCGGGUGCCGUGUGAACCGGCGGCGGGUGCUGCGGACGUGGCCCGCGUGAGAGUCAGACUACCGCCGCCACACCACGAGUGUCUCGAGCGACGGUUCAACGCGACUGACACGCUCGCGGCGUUAUUAGACUUCCUCGCGUCAAAGGGUUACCCACAGGAGAACUACAAAGUAAUAGCUAGCUGGCCUAGAAGAGACCUGACGAUGGAAUCUCACAGCAGCACAUUGAAAGCGUUAAAGCUAUAUCCGCAGGAGACCGUUAUGUUGGAGGAGCGGAUUAAUGAUAUUUUUAAUUUGCUUUAG